AUUAACUAUUGGAGUGGCUUUUUCUAAAGGGAGAACGGCGGUGUUUACAUCUGGAACUGACUAGACAUAUUUUUAUUGAUAGGAUUAUCUCGCUCGGAUAUGGGAUCUGCCUUCAGGGUUCCCACCUGCUGGACACCAUAAUGGUGCGCUCGCAGUAACGCGGAGGCUCCAUCAACAUGGCGACAGCUGCCUCGGCCCCGCUGGCUCGGUUUGAAACCUCGACAAUUAAGCUCCCUUCCCCAGCUGAGCCCCUCGCUGCCCUCUGAAGGAGCAGGAUGACAAGAUGGCACAGCUGCUUGUACCGCCCGGACCUGACAGCUUCCGCCCCUUCGUCCCCGAGUCGCUGGCCGCCAUCGAGAGGCGCAUCGCCGAGGAGGAGGCCCGGAGACCACGGGCAGAGCGCCGCAGCGACAGCGACGAUGAGAACGGGCCCAAGCCCAACAGCGACCUGGAGGCGGGGAAAUCUCUUCCCUUCAUCUACGGGGACAUCCCUCCAGGCCUGGUCUCCACCCCUCUGGAGGACCUUGACCCCUACUACAGUGAUCAGAAGACCUUCAUAGUAUUGAAUCGUGGGAAGGCAAUCUUCCGUUUCAAUGCCACUUCUGCCUUGUACAUCCUAAGCCCCUUCAACCCAAUGAGGAGGGUAGCGAUCAGAAUCUUAGUGCACUCAUAUCCUUUGAGCAUUCCCAGUGUCUGUGGCAUGUUGAUCAUGUUCACCAUCCUGACCAACUGUGCUUUCAUGACCCUGAGCAAUCCCCCGGACUGGGCCAAGAAUGUAGAGUACACAUUCACAGGGAUUUACACCUUCGAGUCCCUCAUCAAGAUCCUGGCCAGAGGCUUUUGUGUUGGGAAGUUCACUUUCCUGCGAGACCCAUGGAACUGGCUGGAUUUCAGUGUUAUCCUCAUGGCGUAUAUAACAGAGUUUGUAAACCUAGGCAAUGUUUCAGCUCUGCGCACAUUCAGAGUUUUGCGAGCUUUGAAAACUAUCUCAGUAAUACCAGGUAAGGCUGCCGGUGCCUGCUGUCAGCACUCCUACCAUCUGUCCUCUGUGUGUGACCGUUUGCCAUAUGUCACAGAGUUUGUGGACCUGGGCAAUGUCUCAGCACUGCGAACCUUCAGGGUUCUGCGGGCCCUGAAAACAAUAUCGGUCAUCCCAGGCUUGAAGACCAUCGUGGGCGCCCUGAUUCAGUCAGUGAAGAAGCUUUCGGACGUGAUGAUCCUCACCGUCUUCUGCCUGAGCGUCUUCGCCCUCAUCGGCCUGCAGCUGUUCAUGGGCAACCUGAGGCACAAGUGCGUGCGCACCUUCACCAACGCCACAAACGCCACAAACGCCAGCGACGUGCCCUCCAACAGCAGCACGUACUCGCCCAGCAGUUACAUGCCGAACGCCUCCGAGGCCUUCUUCAACUGGACGGAGUACAUCAGCGACGAGAGUAAUUACUAUUACCUCCCUGGCCGCAGGGACGCUUUGCUCUGUGGGAAUGGCAGCGGCGCCGGACUCUGUCCAGAGGGCUUUAUGUGCCUCAAAGCGGGCCGUAAUCCAGACUACGGCUACACCAGCUUCGACACCUUCAGCUGGGCCUUUCUCUCCCUGUUCCGACUCAUGACCCAGGACUUCUGGGAAAACCUUUACCAGCAGACGCUGCGUGCGGCGGGGAAGCCCUACAUGAUCUUCUUUGUGCUGGUGAUAUUUCUGGGCUCCUUCUACCUGGUCAACCUCAUCCUUGCUGUGGUUGCCAUGGCGUAUGACGAGCAGAACCAGGCCACCAUCGAGGAGGCACAACAGAAGGAGGAGGAGUUCCAGGCCAUGCUGGAGCAGCUGAAGAGGCAACAGGAGGAAGCACAGGUUGCCGCGGCAGCGGCCACCGAGAGCGGAGAAUACAGCGGGAGAGGGGGCCCGACCUCGGAGUCCUCCUCGGGGACGUCGAAGCUGAGCUCCAAAAGCGCCAAGGAGCGGCGCAACAGGCGGAAGAAGAGGAAGCAGAGGGAGGAGGAGGAGGAGAGAGGGGUGCGCGACAAGUUCCACAAGUCUGAGUCUGAGGAUAGCAUCAAGAGGUCCAGCUUCCGCUUCUCCAUUGAUGCCAACAGGCUUUCUUAUGAGAAAAGAUGCUCCUCACCCAACCAGUCUCUCCUGAGUGUUCGGGGUUCCCUGUUCUCCCCGCGGAGGAACAGCCGCGCCAGCCUCUUCAGCUUCCGCGGGCGAGCCCGCGACAUGGGCUCGGAGAACGACUUCGCCGACGACGAGCACAGCACAUUCGAGGAGAGCGACAGCCGGCGGGGCUCCCUGUUCCUGCCGCGGCGGCUGGAGCGCCGCUGCAGCGCCGUCAGCCAGACCAGCCUGGGAGCGCCGCGGAUCAUGCUGCCCGCAAACGGCAAGAUGCACUGCGCCGUGGACUGCAACGGCGUGGUGUCGCUGGUCGCUGGAACUUCCGUAACAACCUCUCCUGUAGGUCUCCUGCUGCCCGAGGGAACCACUACAGAUACUGAGAUGAAGAGGCGCCGCUCGGGUUUCCUUCAGCCAUCCAUGGACUAUUUAGAUGAGCCGGGGGGCCGGCAGAGAGCCAUGAGUGUGGCCAGCAUCCUCACCAACACCAUGGAAGAGCUGGAAGAGUCAAGGCAGAAGUGUCCACCCUGCUGGUACAGAUUUGCAAACACUUGUCUGAUCUGGGAUUGCUGUCCCGCAUGGCUGAAGAUCAAAGAUGUGGUCAGCAUGGUGGUCAUGGACCCAUUUGUAGACCUAACCAUCACAAUAUGCAUCGUCCUCAACACUCUUUUCAUGGCCAUGGAGCAUUACCCCAUGACCAAGGAAUUUGACAACGUCCUCACAGUUGGAAACCUGGUGUUCACAGGCAUCUUCACAGCUGAGAUGUGCUUCAAGAUUAUCGCCCUGGAUCCUUACUAUUACUUCCAGGAGGGCUGGAAUAUAUUCGAUGGCAUAAUUGUUAGUCUAAGUCUGAUGGAGCUGGGCUUGGCCAACGUUGAAGGCCUCUCUGUGCUCAGGUCCUUUAGAUUGCUGAGGGUCUUUAAGCUCGCCAAGUCGUGGCCCACCCUCAACAUGCUGAUCAAGAUCAUUGGGAACUCGGUGGGAGCUCUGGGCAACUUGACCCUUGUGCUAGCCAUCAUCGUCUUCAUCUUCGCCGUGGUGGGCAUGCAGCUCUUUGGAAAGAGCUACAAGGAGUGCGUGUGCAAGAUUUCAGACGACUGCCUGCUGCCUCGCUGGCACAUGCACGACUUCUUCCACUCCUUCCUCAUCGUGUUCCGGGUGCUGUGCGGGGAGUGGAUCGAGACCAUGUGGGACUGCAUGGAGGUGGCGGAGCAGUCCAUGUGUCUGAUAGUCUUCAUGAUGGUCAUGGUCAUCGGAAACCUGGUGGUCCUGAACCUUUUCCUGGCCCUCCUCCUGAGCUCGUUCAGUGCCGACAACCUGGCUGCGACGGACGAAGACAGCGAGAUGAACAACCUGCAGAUCGCCGUGGGGCGCAUCCAGCGGGGCAUCGCCUUCAUCAAAAGCGCCGUCCGGCAGUUCCUCCAGAGCCUCUGCUUUGGCGGAGGCGGGAAGGGCUCCGGCCUGGCCGAGGAGAGCAAACCCCUGGACGAGCUGCACAGCAACGGCAAGGGCAACUGCAUUUCCAACCACACGCUGGAGAUCACCAAAGACUCCACCGGGGUCUACAUGAUGGAGGGCAACGGGCGGCCAGGAGGAGGGCUGGUGGUGGGGGUGGGUGGGGACACGGUGGUGAAGUACCCGGUGGAUGAGUGUGACUACAUGUCCUUCAUUCACAACCCCAGCCUCACAGUCACCGUGCCCAUCGCCGUGGGCGAGUCGGACUUCGAAAACCUGAACACGGAAGAUUUCAGCAGCGACUCUUCAGAUGUGGAGGGCAGUAAAGAGAAGCUCGACGUGGAGCCCCAGCCUCUAAGCUCAUCGGAGGGGAGCACAGUUGAUAUUCGGCCUCCCGGCGAUGGGGUUGAUUCAAUAGAGUUGGAACCAGAGGAGUCCCUGGACCCUGAGGCCUGCUUUACUGAGGGCUGCGUGGGCAGGUUCCAGUGCUGUCAGGUCAACGAGGAGGGGGGCAACUUUAAGAGCUGGUGGACACUCCGAAAAACCUGCUUUAUCAUAGUGGAGCACAACUGGUUUGAAUCCUUCAUCAUAUUCAUGAUCCUGCUCAGCAGUGGGGCUCUGGCGUUUGAGGAUGUCUACAUCGAGCAGCGGCGGACCAUCAAGACAGUGCUGGAGUACGCAGACAAGGUCUUCACCUACGUCUUCAUCCUGGAGAUGCUUUUGAAAUGGGUGGCGUACGGCUUCGUCAAGUACUUCACCAACGCUUGGUGCUGGCUGGACUUCCUCAUCGUGGACGUGUCCUUGGUCAGCCUCGUAGCAAAUGCUCUGGGCUACUCGGAGCUCAGUGCCAUCAAAUCUCUGAGGACUCUGCGAGCCCUCAGGCCCCUGAGGGCUUUAUCUCGGUUUGAGGGCAUGAGGGUUGUAGUGAACGCACUGCUGGGGGCCAUCCCCUCCAUCAUGAACGUGCUGCUGGUCUGCCUCAUCUUCUGGCUCAUCUUCAGCAUCAUGGGCGUCAACCUGUUUGCUGGGAAGUACUAUCACUGCGUGAACACCACCACGGACGAGAUCUUCCCCAUCAGCAUCGUUAACAACAAGAGCGAGUGCCUGAAUUUAGCCAACGACAGCGCUCGCUGGAAGAAUGUCAAAAUCAACUUCGACAAUGUCGGGGCCGGUUAUUUGGCUCUUUUACAGGUGGCAACAUUCAAAGGCUGGAUGGACAUCAUGUACGCAGCCGUGGACUCUCGAGAUUUGGAGGAUCAGCCCGAUUAUGAAGUGAACUUGUACAUGUACCUCUACUUCGUCAUCUUCAUCAUCUUCGGAUCCUUCUUCACGCUCAACCUUUUCAUCGGUGUCAUCAUCGACAACUUCAACCAGCAGAAGAAAAAGAUGAGUUGUCAAGACAUAUUCAUGACAGAAGAACAGAAGAAAUAUUACAAUGCCAUGAAGAAGCUGGGCUCCAAGAAACCCCAGAAACCUAUUCCACGGCCAACGAAUGCAUUUCAGGGUUGUGUGUUUGACUUCAUAACAAAGCAGGCUUUUGACAUCGUGAUCAUGAUCCUCAUCUGCCUUAACAUGGUGACCAUGAUGGUAGAGACGGACGACCAGACGGAACAAAUGGACAACAUCCUGUACAGGAUCAACCUGGUCUUCAUCGUCCUCUUUACCGGCGAGUGCACGCUCAAGAUGAUAUCUCUGCGCCACUAUUACUUCACCAUCGGUUGGAACAUAUUUGACUUUGUGGUGGUUAUUCUUUCGAUUGUAGGUAUGUUUUUGUCGGAAGUUAUCGAGAAGUACUUUGUGUCCCCGACGCUGUUCCGGGUGAUCCGACUGGCCCGGAUCGGCCGCAUCCUCCGCCUCAUCAAAGGCGCCAAGGGCAUCCGGACCCUCCUUUUCGCCCUGAUGAUGUCCCUCCCGGCUCUCUUUAACAUCGGCCUUCUCCUCUUCCUGGUCAUGUUCAUCUACGCCAUCUUCGGCAUGUCCAACUUUGCCUACGUCAAGAAAGAAGCGGGAAUCGACGACAUGUUCAACUUCGAGACCUUUGGGAACAGCAUGAUCUGUCUGUUUCAGAUCACCACCUCAGCCGGGUGGGACGGCCUGCUGGCCCCCAUCCUCAACAAGAGGGAGCCCGACUGCGACAGCCAGCUGGAACACCCGGGAAACAUCUACAAGGGCAACUGCGGCAACCCGUCGGUGGGCAUCUUCUUCUUUGUCAGCUACAUCAUCAUCUGCUUCCUCAUCGUGGUCAACAUGUACAUCGCCGUCAUUCUGGAGAACUUCAGCGUGGCCACGGAGGAGAGCGCCGAGCCCCUGAGCGAGGACGACUUUGAGAUGUUCUACGAGGUGUGGGAGCGCUUCGACCCCGACGCCACCCAGUUCAUGGAGUACAGCAAGCUGUCGGACUUCGCCGACGCGUUGGACCCCCCCCUGCGCAUGCCCAAGCCCAACAUGAUCCAGCUCAUCUCCAUGGACCUGCCCAUGGUGAGCGGCGAGCGCAUCCACUGCCUCGACAUCCUGUUUGCCUUCACCAAGCGAGUGCUGGGGGAAGGCGGCGAGAUGGACGUGUUGCGGGGACAGAUGGAGGACCGCUUCAUGGCCUCCAACCCCUCCAAGGUGUCUUACGAACCCAUCACCACCACCCUGCGCCGCAAGCAGGAGGAAAUGGCGGCCAUAAUCAUCCAGAGGGCCUUCCGACGCUACAUGAUCCGCCUGGCCAUGAAAAAGGCCUCCGCCCUCUACAAGGAGCAGCUGAAGGAGGGCAUCCGCGACCCCGACAAGGACGUGAUGGUCAUCAGCAAGUUCAACGAGAACUCCACCACAGACAAGACGGACAUGACCCCCUCCACAGCGUCGCCGCCCUCCUACAACAGCGUGACCAAGUCGGACAAGGACAAAGAAGGCGGGAAAAACCCCUUGGCCAGACUCGUCCACGUCCCCUCCCAGAGACUCCAAAACACUGGCGUGAUGGCCGGGACUGUUCACAUGAGACGAACUCUUCACUUCUGCAUUGGGAGUUAG